AUGACUGUCCAAGCUGGAAAAACAGAGGUGAUGCUUGUUGACUUUGAGGGUAUGGAGAACACUGACAACAGCAUAAACAACUUCAAUGAUCCAGAUUAUCCCAAUGGGAUGACGGCUUUGAUGGUAGACAUGCCAGACUUUGGGCAUGGCAACACUUAUAAUACAAAAGUGUUGUCACAUAAAGAGAAGAUCCCACAGAAUAUGGAGGUACUGCAAUCACCUGUCUUGUCUCCUCACACCAGGAGAGGGCGUGCUAGUUGUGCUAGUCUAAUUUCCAACUGGAAAUUACUUGUGAACAGUGAUGUGACACAAAGUGAGACUAUAUUUAGUAAACUUGCCAAAGAAUGCUACGAGGACUUGUUUGUUGACAAACGAUGUCUUGAUGAUGGGGAACAGAAGGUCAUCAUUAACAUUGCCGGUCUUCGGUUCGAAACACGCAUGAAGACCCUCAACCAGUUUCCUGAUACUCUUCUGGGAGACCCUAUGAAAAGAAUGGACUAUUUUGACCCAAUGAGAAAUGAGUAUUUCUUUGAUCGCAAUCGUCCAAGCUUUGAUGGGAUCUUGUACUAUUAUCAGUCAGGAGGCAAGAUCCGUCGGCCCGCAAACGUACCUUUAGAUGUCUUUUCAGAUGAGAUCACAUUCUAUGAGCUAGGACAGGAAGCCAUGGAACAGUUCCGCGAGGAGGAAGGCUUCAUCAAAGACGUUGAGGUCCCCUUGCCUUCCAAUGAGUUCUACAGACAGUUCUGGCUGCUUUUUGAAUAUCCAGAGAGCUCAAAUGCAGCCCGAGGAGUUGCUCUCAUUUCCGUCUUUGUUAUUGUCAUCUCCAUCAUCAUAUUCUGCAUUGAGACUCUCCCGGAAUUCCGCGAGGACCACGAGAUUUUUCCAACCAUCGGUUUUUCCUUGAACCAGACCCAGGGCAUGGGCUUUCCCUCAGGUUCUCCACCAAGCGCCACUCCCAAAACUAUUUCCAGCACCUUCUCCGACCCAUUCUUCAUCAUUGAGACUGCUUGUAUAAUCUGGUUCUUUUUUGAGCUAAGUGUGCGUUUCUUGGUCUGCCCCAGCAAACAGAAAUUCUUUAACAACAUCAUGAACAUGAUUGACAUUGUGUCCAUUAUUCCCUAUUUUGUAACCUUGAUAACUGAAAUAGUGACCUCUACUAAUAAAUCCAAUACAGGGCAGAAUAUGUCCCUGGCCAUCUUACGAAUCAUCAGACUGGUGCGAGUCUUCAGGAUCUUCAAGCUCUCCAGGCACUCCAAAGGGUUGCAGAUCCUGGGACAGACACUAAAGGCCAGCAUGAGGGAACUUGGGCUGCUCAUCUUCUUUCUCUUCAUUGGGGUCAUUUUGUUCUCAAGCGCCAUCUAUUUUGCUGAGGUGGACGAUCCAAACACUCAAUUUGCUAGCAUUCCUGAUGGAUUCUGGUGGGCUGUUGUUACCAUGACCACAGUGGGUUACGGAGACAUGUGUCCCAUAACACUAGGUGGUAAGAUUGUGGGCACUCUAUGUGCCAUUGCUGGGGUGUUGACCAUUGCCCUGCCAGUGCCUGUAAUAGUCUCAAAUUUCAACUACUUCUACCAUAGAGAGACAGAGCAGGAGGAAAAGAAGCCCAUUGCUGAAGCUGCAGAACAAACUGCAAAGUCAGAGAAUGGUACAAAACAUGGAAGUAGUUCCUCUCUGAACAGAGCAAAUGGAAACUUGCAGACAGACAAAUCAAAGUGUUAA